GCAUCUGCGUGGAGGCGUCGCAGCGGCAGCAGUUGCUGAAGUAGAAGCGUCGGAGAUGAAGAGCAUACUGUCUUCGGAGACGAUGGAGAUCCCGGAAGGGGUCAAGAUAAAGGUGAAAGCGAAGUUGAUAGAGGUGGAGGGCCCGCGCGGCAAGCUGACCCGUAAUUUCAAGCACCUUAAUUUGGACUUCCAGCUGAUCACCGACGACGAAGGCAAGAGGAAGCUCAAAGUCGAGGCAUGGUUCGGCUCCAGGAAGACCUCCGCCGCCAUUCGGACCGCUCUCAGCCACGUCGAUAACCUCAUCACCGGUGUCACCAAGGGCUACCGCUACAAGAUGCGCUUCGUCUACGCUCACUUCCCCAUCAACGCCUCCAUCACCAACUCCAACCGUUCCAUCGAGAUCCGUAACUUCCUUGGCGAGAAGAAGGUCAGGAAAGUGGACAUGCUUGAAGGUGUCUCAAUCCUUCGAUCAGAAAAGGUCAAGGAUGAACUCAUUUUGGACGGGAAUGAUAUCGAACUUGUUUCACGUUCUGCGGCCCUGAUAAACCAGAAAUGCCAUGUCAAGAACAAAGAUAUCAGGAAAUUCCUUGAUGGUAUCUAUGUCAGUGAGAAAGGCAGAGUAGCUGAGGAAGAUUAAUUCCCAUUUUAUUAUAAGUACCUUUCCAGAAUAAAUCCUAAAUGGGUCUGCAAUAGAGCUCAUCAGCGUGUUGGUAUCGUGAACACUAUGAACUAUUCGAUGGGAAGAGUUUUUUUGUAUAGACAACAUUCUUGUGGACACGCCAGUUUGAGUAAAGAGAUGAGACGAGUAAUGAGAUGAAAUGAGAAUUAUGUAAAUAGUGAUGAAAUGGUUGACUUUUAUGCUCCUUUCCGCAGCGUACUAGGCUUUUUCUUGUAUACUUCCCAUAUACUUGGACAUUGUCUUUUUACGUGUAUUAAUAAAACUUUUUACUUAUUAAAAAAAAUAGUAAUGAAAUGUUUUGAGUUAACAUGUUUUA